AUACCCAGUCAACAAUUGUUUUUUCAUCUAAGAGAUUUAUUCUCCUUGUUUACUUGUUCUGAGGGACUUCACUGUUCCUAUAUCUAUAGAUUAAGGAAUAGAUUCAAGGACAUUUUAAUUCUUGCUUUUAUUUUAAUGAUCGAAAUUGCAACUUCAUGGUUUAGAAAAUCUCUGUUUAUUGUAAUUAGCUUGACUGAAUGUCCGAAGAACACCUCAAGAUGAUGUAUUUCACAACUUUUCUUGCAGUGAGCUUUGCUGUCUCUCAAACACUGAGUCUGCCUGAACCCAGGAUCAAGGAAAUUGAGGAAAAUGAGGACAUCUCUGAAAUAAAUAAAGAUCUGGGACUAACGGGUGGAGAUAUACUAGAACUGAAUCCCAACCAAAGGAACGCCAUACUGAAUACUGACCGGCUAUGGACAUCUCCAGUUCCCUACGUUCUUGAUAAUAGUCUAGACAUGAAUGCCAAAGGAGUUAUCCUACGAGCUUUAGACCAGUUCAGACUGAAGACGUGCAUUGACUUCAAGCCAUGGACCUCUGAACUGUACUACAUAAACAUUCAGAAGUUAGACGGAUGUUUCUCGUAUUUAGGGAAAGUAAUCGCCAACGGACAAGACUUAUCUAUUGGAUAUGGUUGUGACUAUAAAUCAGUGGUGGAGCAUGAGUUCAUGCACGCGCUUGGCUUCUAUCAUGAGCAAUCCAGAUACGACAGAGAUGCUUACGUGCGGAUUCUCAGGGAAAACAUAUUAAGUGGUUAUGAAUUUGCUUUUGACAAAACAUCGGUCAGUCAAACCACCAACCUAGGCACCCUAUAUGACUUCAACUCAGUGAUGCACUAUGGCAAAGAUUUCUUUACCAACGGCAACGGAUACACCAUCAUCACUCUUCAGUCCGAGUUCCAGGAUGUGAUUGGCCAACAGCUGGAAAUUAGCCCCAACGACGUCCUGAAGAUAAACAGACUCUACAGCUGCAAUGAAAGUGUUGCGUUUAUGGAAUACUGCAGUUCCUCAGAGGAGGGUAUGUGUGGGGUGAGCCGCUGUUCCAGGAUUGUGGAGAACAACUGGAAUACAGUGGAGAGUGCUGUUGGGGGUCCCUUUAGUGACCACACCAACCUGGAUACCAGCCUGAAUGGGACUGGAUUGUUCAUGUACUCCAGCACAGCUUCAGGGCAGGAGGGGGACUCGGCCUGGCUGGAGAGCAGGAGGAUGACUCCCAGCAGGCUGUGCAAUGUCCAGUGUCUGCAGUUUUACUACUACCACAGUGGGAACCAGUCAGACCAGCUCAACAUCUGGAUCAGAGAAUACCAGGAUGAGAGUGACUCCAGAGGAACGCUGCGCCUCAUGGGACAGAUCACAGGUCCACCUUCAAACCACUGGCAGCUGCACCACGUGCCUCUGAACGCCAGCAGAAGCUUCCAGGUGGAGUUUGAGGUGCGUAAAGGAGCAGGAAAUUCUACCGGAGGCUUCGCCAUUGAUGACAUCAACCUGUCAGAGACCGAGUGUCCCCAUCUGACCUGGCAGAUCAGGAACUUUGAGAACCUUCUAACAACUAGCAACUCUGGCACUUUUCUGUACAGCCCUCGACUGUACUCUAGUGAAGGAUAUGCAUACCAGAUAGUGGUUAGCUUAUCCAGGAGUUAUUUUGGCACAUAUGUGCGUCUGGUGUCUGGUCAGUAUGAUGACCAGCUCCAGUGGCCUUGUCCCUGGAGGCAGGUGACCUUCCAGGCUCUGGACCAGAACCCUCAGAUCCAGCUGCAGAUGUCCAAAAGUGUUAGCCUCACCACUGACCCUACAGAGACUGAGAUAUGGGACAAUCCACGUAAGGUUGGAACGCUUUACACUGACGAGAACAAUGAGCAGUUCUAUGGUAACACUCAGAUGGGAAGAACCAUCUUCAGCAGGCUGAGUGACAUGAAAACCAAAAACUACCUCAAGGGUGGUGAUGCCAUCAUCCUUGCCUCCUUCCAAGACAUCUCCCCUCUCCUCCAGAACAAUUAUCUUCCGUGCCCUACACUCCCACCUGUGAAGUUUAGCAGCCAGACACCACAGAACCUGGACGAGGGUACAUGUGCCACACGGUUUAUUACUACUAUGCCCCCCCCCACAACAACUGAGGAAGAUAACAGUAUUCAUGGCUUCUCUCCUGCUGUGGCGUCUUCCCCUGUGCUGCUGCUACUGACUCUCCUGUUUCUGCUGACUCACUGAUGCGCGUGGCCCGCCACCUCACCUCAUGAAUCACCGACCAGCAAUGAAUAGCCAAAUAGCCUUUGACUAAUGCCCUUAUGGGAGUAAUUAAAAGUAGUUCAAAGGCCUGAAAAGAUUUAGUCUAUAAAAAGAUUGUACCCUGAUGGUGAAGGUCUAGUGCUUUAAUAAAUAGUUUUAAUUACCGUUUAAAACUUAUUCUGAUUAUUCUCUUUUUCUAACUAUUCUAAAUGUUGGCAUUUUGCCCCACUUUCCCAGACAUGGUUUAAUGUCUUAGACUGAGAAAGUUUUCAGUGCAGAUCUACAUUACAUGUUUCUCUUACUAUAGGACCAGGCUUAAUCCAUGUCUAGUAAAC